CUCACCACGACUGUUUAGAGAAAGUACAUGGCGGCGCUGGGAGUGGAAGUUAAUAUGGGGAGUGAUGACGGAGAAACAAAUACAGCUGUCAGAGUUCCCGAACGUGUUUUACGAAGGGAUCAGGCGAGGCUGGAGGAGGUAGAGCGCCGGAGAAACGUCAAGGAGAGCCAGAGCGUGACGGAAGAGAAGAGCGAGUUCUUCACGUCCACCUUUAAUGCUGAGAAGACAGCAGUCGAGGAGAUGCUCUCCAGCUGUAAAGAUAAUGACCGCCAAAAAUCCGCAAAAACACUGGAAGAAGCCACUUUGAAAAUUCAACAGCUCCAGAAGUUCUUCAGUGACAGCAUUAUGUUUCUAACGCAGUAUGAAAUAAGACAGGCGCAAGCAUCCCUGCAGAAGCUCCAGAGCACUCUUGCUGAGAAAAGAGAUGAGCUGUUGCCUAAAAAGAAAUUCGCCUUUAGAUCCAGGAACACCGAGGCAAGCAAGCAGCCUGCACCAGUUCAACAAACAACAGAGAAGUCUGCAUCUGAUGCAGCUGGUACUGUAGUGGUGGAUGCUGCUGUCUCUGUAUAUCAGUGUGGAUUCUCUAAUGCUGACAGUCAAGUCUUAAUCAAGCAAGCUGAGGAGAUCCAGCAACGAGAUGUUCUGUUAUCUCAUCUGACAAACUGUAAAGUCAGGCUUUAUGGCUGUCCGAGCACCUUGCACAUCAAGAAUGUCCGCGGCUGCGAGAUCCUCUCAGGGCCGGUGUCCAGCUCUGUUUUUGUAGACCAGUGCACUGACAGCAAUUUAGUAUUCCCCUGUCAGCAGCUGCGCACCCAUAACACCACUGCCACUCAGAUAUAUCUGCAUGUGACCAGCCGGGCAAUUAUAGAGGACUGUCAUGGGGUGCGGUUUGCCCCAUUCACAUGGACUUAUCCAGGGAUUCAUGAUCAUUUCACAGUGGCUGGACUUGAUCCGAACAGGAAUAAUUGGACAGAGGUGGAUGAUUUCAAUUGGCUUGCUGCUGGCACACCUUCACCCAACUGGACUGUCAUUCCUGAGACUGAGAGAAUAUGUUGGGAUGUUGUGGAACAAGCAUCCUAACAAUAAUGAUCUCAUUGCAUUAUUGUGUGACUGCUCAGUCAAUAUGACGCUAAAAUUGAAAUCUUAUAAACAUAGAAUGUUCUAGAAUUCCUGCUUGCCAAUUAAUAAUUCCUGGUUUGAUUAAUAAAAAAAUA